AGCGGCAGCCCCACCAGCAUCCGCGUUCAGAGAAACCCCCAGUCGUUCUCUGCCUCCCUCUGCUCCUGAACUCCCGUCCCCAUGGGCUCCCGCGACACCACCUCUACCAAGACCGCCCUCUACUCCUACUCCCCCUCUCCUUCCUCCUCGCCUCCUGCUGCCGCCGUGCUCAGCCCCUGCGCCGCCUGCAAGGUCCUCCGCCGCCGGUGCGUCGACAAAUGCGUGCUCGCCCCGUACUUCCCCCCCACCGAUCCGCAAAAGUUCACCAACGCCCAUCGAGUCUUCGGCGCCAGCAACAUCAUCAAGCUCCUGCAGGACAUUCCGGUGAGCCAGCGGGCGGACGCGGUGAGCAGCAUGGUGUACGAGGCGAAUGCCCGGAUCAGGGACCCCGUGUACGGCUGCGCCGGCGCCAUUUUCCAGCUCCAGAGGCAGGUGAACGAGCUCCAAGCGCAGCUGGCCCGGGCGCAGGCGGAGGCCGUCAACGUGCAAGCCCAGAACGCCAACGUCAUGGCCCUCAUCUGCAUGGGCAUGUCGCACACUCUCCAUGACGGCGCCGCCCUCGCCGUCGACGCCCUCGCGGCCGCUCCUCUGAACGACUCCUUCUCCCUCGAUGACGGCAGCCUGCACGGCGGCGCCGGCGCCGCCAUUUGGGAGGCACCUAUUUGGACAUGAGCAUCGUCUCUGUCGGUAGCAAAUAAAAGCUGUAGAACAACCUGCGUCGCUGAGUGAUCAUAGUUGCAUCGGUAGGCAAACUACUGCGACAGGCUCGGGAACACUUUGUUAGCAUCAGCUUCUUGUCAAGAGAUCGGUAGACUCCUUUGUCGUUAAUACUUCUUCAUUGACAGUCAUCUCCAUCCUUCAAAUCUGAUAAAGACUUGGAUCUAACAUGAACCGCUCUGCCAACCUAUCGUUCCCAUGUAAGGCUAAAUCUCUAAGCUUCAGAAACCAUUGACAGAGUGAUUGAUGGUUA